AUGUGGGGUCUGAAGGUGUCACUUUUGUUUAUUAUAAUCUGCUCGUUGAUGGCAAAGGAGUUCGAAAGCAAGACCGAGGAAAUUGAACUGCUCUCCUCGAGGUAAGGAUUGUUAUGUAAUUGUGGUUGAUCCCUAGAUUUAGAGGUAAAGCCGAGGCGAAUGAGCUCAGGAAUCGACGGAAGAGGUAAGCCGCUUUCCCCUUUCAUUUUCGUUUAGACAGUUCAUGUAUCCACCGAUGAUAGGUAUGUAUCCGGGAGUGAUGUAUCCAGGGAUCAUGUACCCCGGAAUGGGGAUGCCUUAUAUCUUGAGUAUCAAUUCUAAUAGAUUUGGAGCUGGAAUGGGGCCUUUUGGAGGCGGAUUUGGCGGAAGGUCCUUCUCCAUGACCUUAGGACGUUAAGUCAACCGGUUACUCCUUCUCGUGUAAAGUGUUGUACAUAUUCAGGAUUACUGUAACCCGAACCCAGUGGGAUCUCUAAGUUUUUCGUCAUCGUUUUUUAAAUUUAUUUUUGUUGGUUUUGUCAUGUGAAAUAAAGUCUUAAUGUGCACAUCUUCAAGGACAUAUACACCAUGGUAAAGGAAAUUGUUUGUUUAUUUUCAGGAGGUACCUGCCUCCUUUUUUUUGAUCCCGCCCGAAGAGAAUAUAAUUUUAAUACGACGAUUAAAGGCGCGACAAGUCAAUUUGGUUCUCUAGGUCAGAUCUGUCCGGAUUCUCGGUCACUUCGCACUUUCAGAGCAAUGAGACGUCUCGUACUGUUAUUUUUGAUUCUUCCCGUGCUUCGGUCUCAAGAACAAGAUUCCAACGAAGUUCUGGAAAGCACUUCUGCUUCUACUUUCUGUGUGGGGGAUGAUUGUUCCGACAACGAAUUGCUGGAAACGACUACUAACAAGGCCAGGAAAACUGAGAAGGCCGAAAAUAAGGUCACCCCCAGCAAGAUCAAGGUGAAGGAAAAGGGAGUCGUGCUCUCGGAUGCUGGUAUGUUAAUUCUCACAUUCCCUCUUACUGUAUCACUUGCACCAUUUAUUUUCCUGCACCUCUUUCUUUUGCAGCGCUUUUCAAGGGGCCACUAUGACAAAACGAUGAGUUUAUUUUUCUACAGCAAUCAAUUCCCCUCAAAAAGACAUAUUUGAGGUCGACGAGAGCCGUGGUCAUCCUGAAUGUGAUGGAUGCCUUAAUCAAAGACCUCCGGAAAUUGUCGGUUACCAACAUUCAUACCUUUAUCAUUACUACUUCACCCCUUAUUCCAGGUGGACACCGCCAAUGUCAAUCCAGCUUACAUUAGUUUAGAGUACCGAGCCCAGAUUUUGCCCUCGGCACCAACAUAUCUCCCCAAUCCCGGGCCACAGCAUUCGGAGGUUUUUUGAAUAUUUCUGUAGUAGUAGCAGACCAUUCGAUUUCAAACCCGGAAUCGAAAUGGAAAUCUGUUCUCCGGCCUUCAACUUUGGCGCAGGCUCUGGCUUCGGCUUUGACGUUGGCUAAACUUCUCUUCUUUCUUCUAACACUCUCCUGACCUUACCCCUUCGGUGUUUUAGUUCUACGCAAGUUCAAGAUCCUCAUGGAGCAUAUGUUUGCCUCUUCCCACAACCGCGACUUCUUUGACGUCUUGGCCUCCCCGCGCCCUCUGGCCAUCUUUCGUUUGCCUGCAGGUGGUCGGUUCCUCACUCCACUGAGUCCUGAACAAAGACUCUUUACUACCUCUAAUAUGUUGUCCCCAUUCGAACAAAGUCGGUUUCUGAAUUCAGAUAAUUCGAAGCAACGUAAUCAGAUGGAUUCCUUUUCAGACAAGACGUCGUCUUCCAGCCAACCUUUAGAGAACCCUCGGGAUUCCGAGGAAGAACGGCAAUUUCUCCAAGAAACCGCUUAUCAGCCGCAGGACGAACGGAAGACUUGGUCCGACUACGAUCGGUAAGUAAUCAACUAGAGUUAAACAAGCUUUAGCUAUUGGAGACAGUACUACGCGAAUAGCUACAGUAGCAGUCCCUCGCUUAGCUACGACUACCGCCAACCCCAGUAUUUCUACGAUUCUGCUCGGUCUCCAUACGUUUAUUACAGUAACCCUACUUCAUACUCACAGCCCUCGUACGGUUCGUCGUAUGUUCCUCAGACAUACAGCCCUUCUUCAUACGCACAGUCUUCUUACGGCCCGCAACCUUAUCAUUACAAUACUCAGUCGUCCCCAUAUUACUCCGGAUAUAAUCCUCAGUACUCUCAGAACUAUGCCACCAAUUAUCAAGGAUUGGGUCUUCAAAGUGGACUCAACGUUGGAUUCGGAAAUGGAAUGGGGUUUGGGAUCAGUAGUGGAAUCGGCUUCAACAUGGGUAAAUAA